UCUGUCAACCAUCAAAUGCUUGUGUGGACCGUGCGUGUGCGUACUCAGAGACUCAGAGUAACGCCAUGGAUGUUUCUGAUCUCCUAGUUGAAUGGGGCCACCCGGAGCUCGUGGAACCGUUCAGAGACCAACAAUUUGAUAUUGAAUCUCUCUUGGAGCUGGAUGAUUCAAGUUUGUCCAAGUACAUUCCUCUUCAUGGGCCAAGAGUCAAGUUAUUGAGCAAAAUACGUAAACUUAAAAAGUCUAUUGAGGGUACACCUGUUGAGGUGGUGGUUGUAGAGAGUGCAUCUGCAUUCACUGAUGAUGCACUGCCCGGCUCAUCGAACUCAGAAGGAUUCACUUAUAAUGCAGUGCCAGGCCAAUCGAAUUCAAAUAGUGAAUUAGGAUUCACUUGUGAUGCACUGCCAGGCCCAUCAAACUCAGAUGUUGCAUCUUUAAUGAUCACUGAGGGAGGCUCAGCAGUAUCAUCUUCCCCUGCACCCAAGAGAAGUUACGAAGAUCUAGUUUUGGCAGAGACUUUGGUUGCGAGCGCUCUAGAGACACUGGAUGUGAAAGCAGUGCUGGAAGGGGAUGCUCUCUGCAAACAUAUUUUGACUCAGCUUCAAAUAAAUGUGCAACCAAAGGGAGACUGGAGGAAAAGCAUUCUUGAUGUACUUGUCAGCCAAUGUCUCUUAAAACUUUCUUUAAACUUAACUUUGCCGCAACUUCGAGGAGUUGCUGAAAAACUUGUGGAAGUGCUACCUGGUGAACAGCUUUCAACAUACUAUCUAGGAGCGGAUCAUACACGGAGACUGGUGUCAGGAAAAUUGGUUGACAAGUACAACAACUUGAAAUCUAAAUUGAAGUAUAGUGGUAACAAGCGACACCGAUCAUCUGCCUCUACUAGCUCUGCUGACGAUACACCCCCACCUGCUAAGAGUUACUCAACAGAAGAAAGGCAGCAGAGCCUGGCAUGGUUGAGGUUCAACAGGACUCCUUGGCCAGAAGUUCAGCGUCACUGGGAUGUAGUUUAUCAGGAUAGAAUGAAACUCCUGUAUCCACGCACAAAAUCUAGGAAGGACAGCAACAUUCCAAAAUACUAUGUAGAAUAUCCAGUAUUAACUGACAAAGCAGGCUGGCAGUUGCUUGUGGCUGAUUUUGAGAAGAUAUAUCCCGACAAGACUGGGCUUCUGUUUGCUACUUGGCCUUGUAUUCAGAAGGCUCUGUUGUCAACUGCUAUUGAACAUGCCAAAGAUUCUUUUUCCACUACUUUAAUUUCUCAGCUGACAAACCCUUCACAUCGUGUUACAGAAAGCGUUGAGAUACUCCUACACUUAAUGCUGUUACCAUCUAUCUUCAAAAUGAACACUAGUGUUGCUUACCCAGCAGACCCAUCAAAGCCACUUGGUGCGAAAAAGUUCUGGAAACCAACUUUGGCUGAGCAAAGAGAUGGCUUUAUAUUGCAUGUCAAGGAUCCUAAUAUGGUUAAGGAAACUCUAGAAAAACGUCAAACGUUUAUGGAAAAAGUUGGAUUGAGGUGCCAACCUCUGAUUGUGUUGAGUGGACCCUCUCUUAUGCAAUAUACCCAUUGUCAAGUGUCGAUUAAUGGGAUACUCUAUCAUGUCCCUGGACCUCUACAGGCUGUUGACCUGGCUUUUAAAUCAUUCCAGGUUUUAAAUGCCUGGUAUCCUAUUGAAUCUGACCAAUCGUGGCUUUUCAUUCAACAAGAAAUAUUUAAAAUUAAAUGUAAAUCCGACAAAUUUAAUUGCACCUACCUAUCUUCUGUUGCUACUUUCAAAAAGCAUCUGGAGUAGCUACUUUCACUUUAGAACUUGAAAAGUAUCUUGAUUAUUUAUUGGUUUUGUUAUAUAUAGUAAUUUAAUAUUAUAUUUAACAGUUAUAUUUAUUUUCUUUAGUUUCAUUUGGUAUUUGUUAUCAAGUUUGGGUAUUACUUUUCUGUAAUUAGGAAAUACAUAAGUGACAAUGUAUCUCUGUUUGUUUUGUAAUGACCAUCGUCCCUCUGUAAAAGAGCUGUUGUUUCAUUUGCGAACAACACAUUCUGGUAAUCU